AUGAAGGCUCAGGCUUGGCUCGACCUUUCAGCCUACCAGUUUCGGAGAUCAUCCAAACUGAGCUUGCCGCACCGCGCUGACGCGAGGUGCAUGGAUCAACAGUCACCAGGGCACUUCCAUUGCUAUCUCCUCAACCCCGGCGACAUGUUCCAGGUCGAUGUCGAGCGUGUCCUCUACGCCACCGGCAAGCCCAAGAACCCCCAAGAGAUUGCGCGUCUCGACAAGCUCCUGCGGGAGCGUGAGGAGCGAGAAGCCGCCGCCGAGGCCAAGGACGCCGCCCUCCGCGCCGCCAAGCGCCAGGAGCUCGCCGACAAGCUCAAGGCCGGCGACCGCGGCGGCGGUGAGGGCCCCUCGGCCGAGGCCCUCAGAGCAGGCCCGCAGGCGAUACGGCUGUCGAGGCAGAGUCGGAAGCCUUCCGUCGAGGCUGCGGCCACCGAUGCCGACGCGGCCGGCAUGCUCGGCGAGGACGGCGAGCCCAUGACGGAGGGACGAGCUGCGCCGCUUCAGCACAAGCGCCAGCUCAAGAAGCUCAUCCAGGAUGCCAAGAACGCUGCUUCAAGGACGGCCAGGACAAGAUGA